UUUAUAUAACAAACAGAAACUCAAUUUUAAUUUAUCUGUAUUGAUUGAUAUUCUCUCUUAUAUAAGAUUCAACUGUAUAUGUUUAUACCCUGAACAGGGAAUAUUAAGUUUGCCACGAAGUUUUUAAUACCUGUAUAUAAAUGAUCGGCAUGGCGAGCUGUGUCGAUUUAGCCACUUCUUUACUUAACAAGAAGGUGCUCAUUGGUCGGAAUAGCAGAUAUCGGGCAACUAUAGCAUACAGCUGCAAUACUAGUACUUUAUUCGGAGUACAUUCCAUUAAACCCGACAAUAAAAUUUUUGAGAAUAAAAUUAUUAUUAUAAAACAAUUCCUAAAUCAAAAUAGUAAAACUGUCAAUGUGUUUCAAAAUAAAACAAUUUUCAUAGCUAUUUUCGUUAAAAUUUUUCUGACAUUGAUCGAUGGAAACCAGAUAAAAUUAUCCGUUAAAUAGUUCAAACGCGUUAAGUGCGACAUUUCCAUUGAAUGUUAUUACAAUAAUAUGUCUAUUAUAAUGUUAGAUAUGAAUAGGGCAGAAAGUCAACUUGUGGAAUCAACGUCAUAACCAUAAAUGUAUCCGACUCCAUGUCUAAAUUACUCGAUUGAAAUUUGGAAGUACUUAGCAUAUUAUAGUUUGGUGCCAAAGUGAAUAAAAUUUGUAGAAUACAUUCUUGUUCUCUAUUGUAAUUACGUAUAAAGCAUGUAUGUAGCGUACUUAAUUUUAUCUUAGCAACGCUUUUUUUUUUAUUAAUAUUUUGCGGUUUGUUCUUGCGUUUUUUCCAUUCCGUUUCGUACGAAGCUCAGUUUCUCUCUCACAUUUUAAACAUUUUGUUUUGAUUUUGAAUUUUCUCUUCGGCAUAUAUAUGUAAACAUAUCAUCGUACUCAUUUACUUGCUUAUUCAUACCACGCACAACUUUCUCUAGUAACUGCAUGUGGCUAUUAUCACCGCUUGGCUGCGCAUUUCUGACUUACUGCUUUUCUCCAUUCGCAUUUCUUUACCUUAUAUUCGUAUCUGUACAUAUGAACACAUAUGUAUACCAUAUAUUAAUAAGUUUAUAGUAGUGUUAUUGUAAAUAUUUCGCUUCUUUACAAACUUAUUCAUUCAAAUGAACACGUUUGCUUUUUAUUGGGAUUUGUCCUCACCUGACUUUCUAUGAGUUGUCGCGCAAGCGCAAUUUGUUGUGUGCUGUCGUAGCCUCAGUUAUAUAUCGGUCUUUCUCAAGUGACUACGACAUCCCAAACAAACUUUGACAUGACACCAGCAAAUGCAAUCGUUAAUGAAUUCGCCCAAAAUCAGUUAUUUAUUUAUAAAUUCGCGCAUUAAAGUGGCGCAAAAUCAAACGCGUCGUUUUUUAUUUAUUUUAUUGUUUUUGCAAAACUACAUUACGGUCUCGUUUCAUUGCCAUUAAUUCGUUUCUACGACACCUGAAGAAAUUGGCCAAUAAACAAUAUUCAGCAAUAUUGGCGAAAUAUCGGUCAACGUCUUUAGCGUCAUCCAGUGAUUAUCGAAUUUGUUUUUUUGCUAUUAAAAUUUUGCAACGAAAACGCGCUUGGUUAAAAUAUAUUAGUAAUAAUAAAUAAAUAAAUUUGUGAACUAAAUUGAUUCAAAGAAGAACUGUCUCGAAAGAAGCAACACCGAUAUUCUCUUCCACUCUCCACAUUCGACUGCAGAAGUACAUACACAUCUCUGAAAUAAUAACGUCUAGUAAACCAAACAUAAACAGCCAAAAAAUGCAGUCACUACGGUGCAGUUUGGGUCUUUUCCUCGUCUUUAUCAUUUGCCAAACUUGUCUGGCGGUGCCUGCCUUGCGUGUCAAACGUCAACCAGAUGAUCUGCUCUCACUGGAGGCGGAGAGUGCGGAUGCAAUCAAUAGCGAUUUGAAUCCUAUCAAUGCAGAGGCAGUUUCAGGCGAUGAUCUCGAGCGCAACAAAAGAAAAUUACCCGAUGCGACUCUUGAAGCGAAAAACGCAGUGCUGGGAUUUGUUUUUGGUAAAAUCGACAAUUUUCUCGACACCAAAACACGUGUCAUCGAACAGCUGGAUCGCGCCAACAUCGAGAAAAACAAGCAGUGGGACAUUAAGCAACCCGUACCCAUUAAGGACUUCCAAACGCUCGUUACCGCCGUAGUUUCACCCAAAAUACGCUCACUUGGAAAUAUUGCCAAUGAUUUGACCACUGGCGUGCUGACCACUAUCACCGCUUUCAGCGGUUCUUCAGCGGGUAAUGGCAAUGCAAAUGCUGGUUUGGGUAAUAUUGUCUCGAAGUUCCUUGGCUUCUCUGGCCCUAUUCUGCAAGGCUCUGCAGCUGGUCCUGCUGGUGGCGGUACCACACCCGCACCAGAUUCAGACGAGGCUGGCUAUUAGAGAUGCUGCAAGUGGCUGCUGUGAUGUUAACUAAAAUACAUGUAUACAUGUAGAGACAUAUGCAUAUAUAUACUUAUAUAUAUGUAAAUACAUUUACAAAUUCUUCUCCGGCUAUACAGUUCAAUACAGAGUUAUUGUUAAAUACGCUCUGCUAUCAACAUAUCAAUCCACACACAUUUAAGAAUGCACUUUCAUUGAGAGACACACACACAUACUUAAACACAUGUACAUACAAAGGCAAAGCGCGCACAUAUACUCAUACAUACAUACAUACAGCAAAUGUAAUACGCAAAAUUUCAACUUUUUUAUUUUUAACGCAGAAUGCUAUAAAGUAAUCCAUAAAAAUUUCGAAACAAAUGUUUUCCUAUUAUCCUUGAACUUCGUUAUGUACAUAAAAUACUUAUACUCGUAAAUUUUUUUGAUUUAAAACUAAGCUCUCCUUAAACCUGAUCUGAAAAAGAUCUGCGCAUGAACUCUUAAACAACGGUAUAUGAGUAAUUUUAUCAUGUAAGCAACCAUUGUCGAUUUGACAUUUUAAAAUUUCCAACAAUUCGAAAUAAUAUUUUAUUUUAUAAACUUUCUUUUUUUUUAAUUUUAGUUUAAUUUAAGUAUUUUUUACGUUUCCAUUAUACAUGAUUGUAAACCAUAUCAUUAAUAACUGUAAAUAAUUGUACAGGAUUUAAAUAAAUCAUUCGAUAUAUAUUUGGUUUCUGAA